CUAGUUGAUAAACAUUGAUUCGAUCAGUCGCGAGACGAUCGUGUUCACCGGCAGUUCAUUUAUCAAUAGCGGUCUAUCAUGUUUCGGUCUAUCUUUCUGCUGAUCUCCCUUGCCAGCAAUCUCGUUCUUGGUCAAAACCCUGAUCCUGCGGUUCAAAAAGCGUGCACUCUAUUCAAAAAGCAUGUUUUCGAGGAACGGGUGGCCAUUAGCUUCUUGUUUCCCAAUGCACCAAUUACAUGGGAAACACUCGAUUCCUGCCAUGGAUCGCGGCCGUUAAUUGUGGACGGAGAUCCGGCAGAGUCCAAGGAAUUUCCUCAUGCAGCUCGUCUUGGCCACAGGAAUGCUAAAAAUGAAACCAAAUGGUUCUGUGGUGGCACAUUGAUCAGCAACCGUCUGGUUCUCACGGCAGCACAUUGUUUCUACACCGAACAUGGAGCAGUCAAUGUCGUUCGAUUGGGAGAACUCUGGUUCGACACCGAUGAGGACGACGCCGAGCCGGAAGACUUUGGUGUAUUGCGCUCCAUAGAGCAUCCGGACUUCAAGGACCUUUACAACGACAUCGGUAUGGUGCGUCUAGAUCGGGCUGUUAACUUCAGCCUGUAUAAGCACCCCGCCUGUUUGCCAUUUGACGACGGAGAGAUCCACGAUAAGUUCAUUGCCAUAGGCUGGGGUCAGAAGGCGCUGGCCCAGGCAGAGUCCAAGAAGCUGCUAAAAGUGGAGCUGCGAAACUACCAUCAACGCUGUCUAGUCACUACGGAAAAGAACGAAGACCUGCCUGAUGGAUUCAAUGCCACCACUCAACUGUGCAUUGGGUCGCCGGACAGCAAGGACACCUGCAACGGAGACUCUGGAGGCCCGGUGCUAGUCUACCAUAAAGACUAUCCAUGCAUGCAGCAUGUAAUGGGGAUCACAUCCACAGGGAUAAGCUGCGACACCCCGGAUGUGCCCAGCGUCUACACAAGGGUCAGCCACUAUCUUAAGUGGAUCAAAGAGGAAAUGGCCAAAGUUACCUGAUGUUUGAAUCUAUAACUAUUAAGAACAGAUUUCUUAGUAAAGCUUUAAUUGCAUGCAUUUUAAAAAUAACUCCCGAUAAUUUGCAUUUGUUUAUUGGAAAGGCAGUCGCUGAAAUUAUUUAAACACUCUCCCAACCGGUUUCCGUGUAAUGUCAAAGCGUGAAAAUGUGUUUUUUGAUGAUUAUAGCUUGUGUCCGUU